CUCCUCCUCAACAUCAUCAUCCCCACGGCCACGCAAAGCGCAGCGGCAGCAGCGGCAGCAUGGCAUCCCCAGCGCCAGCAUCGACGCACCCGGCAUGGCAACACAGCAUCGCUCUACGAGUGACACAGCGCGACGCGAGGGAGCAAGCGCAUGACGCCUUGAUCAAGGAUUACCAAAAGCUCGCCCAGUACGCCAAGAGUCUACGAGGCCGGCCAUCAGCAGGAAGACCAGGGGUGGAGGCUCCACCCCCAGCUCCAACUCCAAGUGCAUCCAGCUCCGCAUCAACCUCUGCGCAACCGCCGCAGCCGCAGGCCACGCCCGCCUCAUCCAAGGACCUCGCAGCAAAAGACGCCCUCAUCUCCUCCCUCCAAUCCCAACUCCAAACAACCCGCACAGAGCUCUCGGACCUGUACAAAUCUCACACCCACCUCACCACCCGUCUCCUGACCCUCAGCGAUCAAUCUGCCUCCCACUCUAGCUUAACAACCCAACUCUCCCUCCUCACACGACGCGAGCAGGACUUGCGCGACUCCUCCGCGGAAAAGGACAAGGUCAUCGAGCUACUCCAAGACGAACUGCGUACCCUCAGCUUGGAGUUGGGACAGGUCGAAGAGAGGGAGGAGAGACUUAAACGCGAUAAUGCUGGGUUGGUGAAGCGGUGGUUGGAGAGGGCGAGGGAGGAGGUGGAGAGGGUUAAUGUGGCUAAUGAGUGGGUGGAGGAGGUGCAGGAGAGGAGGAGGAGGGAGGGCCACGACGCCGGGAACAAAGAGGCUGGGAUGGGGAGGGAGACGGAGGGCGGUGGUGAUAAAGCGAGAGGAGAGUAGAGUGUGGAGUGGCAUUCGAUUCUUGUUUGGAAACGGGGUGGGAGACGAGAUGGACAUACGAGCAAGGCUAGACUAGCCUCUCCUCUCGAAUUGAUACCAGCUU